AUGCUGAAGAUGGUUGUGUUAGACCUUACAGAGAGUACGAAAUGGAGGAUGAUAAGAUUUUUUUUGAAGAAGGUGCUGGGUUUUCGCCUAUUCUUCACUGCUAAUGUUUCUGAUGCAUCCGGUUCCCUUACUUCGUAUGGUGGCCAGCCAUCAAUGACAUCCCCAACUUCUCCAUUCUCCUAUGGUGGUGCAUCGCCAGCAUUUGGUGGUGCUACGUCUCCUGGAUAUGGUGGAACUUCUCCAACGUACUCGCCAACUUCGCCAAGUUAUUCUCCAACUUCGCCAAGUUACUCUCCAACUUCGCCUAGUUACUCACCUACUUCGCCAAGUUAUUCACCAACUUCACCAAGUUACUCACCUACUUCGCCAAGUUAUUCACCAACUUCACCAAGUUACUCACCAACUUCGCCAAGUUACUCGCCAACUUCUCCUAGUUACUCACCAACUUCGCCAAGUUACUCACCAACUUCGCCAAGUUACUCGCCAACUUCUCCAAGUUACUCACCAACUUCUCCAAGUUACUCGCCAACUUCGCCAAGUUACUCGCCAACUUCGCCAAGUUAUUCUCCAACUUCGCCAAGUUAUUCUCCAACUUCGCCAAGUUACUCGCCAACUUCUCCAAGUUACUCACCAACUUCUCCAAGUUACUCGCCAACUUCGCCAAGUUACUCACCAACUUCUCCAAGUUAUUCACCAACUUCUCCAAGUUACUCACCAACUUCGCCAAGUUAUUCGCCAACGUCCCCUCAAUACUCGCCUACUUCUCCUCAAUACUCUCCGGGUUCGCCUUCCUAUUCGCCACGGUCUCCACUGUACGGUGACAAGAAGGAAGACGAGAAGAAAUAG